AUGUUCGGAUACGUAGCUGUAUCUGCGUCCGAAUAUGCGCAUCCCAUCGAUCUGAGGAGAAGCGGACGUCUCCAACAGUCGGGAUAUUGCAGCAGCGAGGGCCAGCCGACCAUCUGCUACAAAGAAACACCCUACAAAGUGUUCAGCAAACGCAGGAGGCAGCCUCGCAGUAGGCUACAGGAACAGCUGGAGGACGACAAUGGAUUCUCCCAUGACGCUGCGGAAGUGAAACCUCGGAGAAGAUCCCAUAAGUUGUGGAUGUUUCUGAGGAGACACUUUCAGACGCUGUGUGUGUUUCUGUUUGCAGCGACAAUGAUCAUAACUUUUGGUCACUUGUAUCACAAAGCGGACCAGGACUCGUACUCUGGUCUGCUUUAUAAGGAGGGGAAUCAAGGACCAAACUACGCCAGCCUGGAGAACGGGGCCAAAGUCAUCAUAAGUCAGACCUCCAGUACAUGUCAGAGUCCAACCUGGAGAGAAUGGGCCAGAACUUGGUUUUUGCCAAAACAACACCACAUAUUACAGUCUUGCUCCCCGCUACGCCCCGGUGUGUGCUGGCCGAUGGCGGGGGACAAGGGUUAUGUGACCAUCCAGCUCUCCCAGGGCAUCAGAGUCCGGCAUGUCACCAUUGGUCACAUCCGGAAGAUUCAAUCCCCGACCAAAGACACUCCCAGCGCUCCCAGAGACAUGGCUCUAUAUGGACUGAAGUGGGAGGACAGCAAAGAGGAGUUUCUGGGCUCUUUCAUUUAUGACCAGAACGGACCAUCAUUCCAAACGUUUGGACUUCAACACGGCGACCCCGAGACAGUCCAACAAGUCCGCCUCCACAUCAACAGUAACUAUGGUAACAAGGACUUCACUUGCCUCUACAAUGUCCGAGUGCACGGAGAGAUUUAA